AUGUCUUUUCUCUUUUUUAUUCUUAUUUUGCUCCUUUCCCGGCUACAUUUCGUUUUUGGCAUAUCAAUCAAGACUCCAUCCUCGGCCAAUUAUCAGACACCCGGUGAGCUUAUUUCUUCGGGCCAAGUACGUCUGCGACGUCGCAGUCAUUUGAUCGCAGUUCGAGCCCCAAUUGACUCAAUUCAGUUGCCAGAUCUUAAUGGGUCCGAUGAGGUCUAA